UUUUGUUGUGUAUCUUUUGGGAAUUAAAGCCGUUUUCGCACAAAAAAAUGGUGCAUCUAAUGACUCACCUUGGAUUCCACCCUCCACACAACAAAAUACCAGUCCUCAAGCUUUAGAUUAUUAUUACUUAUUAUUUAAUCUUUCUUAUCCUGCUGAAGGCAAAUUACCUAUCUACAUUAUUGUAAACCCUAACAGAAAAGCACCGUCCCAAGUAUCAAUUUCAUUGUAUGAUGAAUUUAAUAAUAUCAAAUUAUUAGAUAUCGCUGAUGUUCCUUUAACAAACUAUGAAAUGGCAAUACCUUUCAUUGUAUAUACAUGGAAUGUGGUUCCAGAGAUUAUUUCAAAUUUCAAUUUUACAACUGGUUAUUUUACUUUAGUCAUGUCAUAUAAUGAUAGUGACGCGACUGUAAUAAAAGACAGGCAUAUAAAACUUUCAAAUGUAGUAGCUAAACCAGGCGUACGUAUAAGCGAUGAUAUUUCGGAAACAAAAACUGAUAUUCAAGGUCCUGUCUUAGCUUCUUUUCAGGGGGUUUCACCACCCCAAAAUGUUGGUUUUCGUACCUACAAGAGUGCGAAUGGUAGACGUUCGAUGGUCGUGGGAGAAAAUCCCAGAGUAAUAUACGAAUCGAACGAGUUUAAUACCGAUCAAUCUUCCGAGUAUUUAGUUGCCAUAUAUAAUAAGAAAGAAAAUUCGGUUACUUUUAGUUCUGUUCCUGUUAUUGAUUUGGUUCCUAUUCCAAAACGUAUUAAGAUGGAAGAACCCAAAGAUUCAAUUAAGCAUGAUGACUAUAUUAUGGCGAAAGCGGCACUUGAUAAAGAAUUUGGUUCGAAGAAAGCACAAGCAAAGAUUCUUGCUUUUGAAAGAGGCAAUAUUGAUGCUUCACAAGUGCGUGAUGUUGAAAAAAUAGUUGCAAAUAUUGAAGAAAAUGUAAAGACCAUGAAAACUAAAGAAAAGAUAAAAGCCGAUAUGGAAUCAAGUCGUCCAAUACCACCGUACGAUAUCAGUGCAACCAGAGUUACUGACAUAUAUAAUAUGGAUGAUAUCGUGACACCUGCUGAAUUUGAUGCAAUUCCAGUUGCCUCUAUUUUGAACGCUAAACACGAAUCUCAUAGAUUGAGUUUGCUGCCAUUCAAAUCCUCAAAAUAUGUCAAUUUUCGUCUUUUUAGUUCUUUAGAUGCGAAAAAUGUCAAUUUAAAGCGUAUACGCUUGUUAUUAUAUAUUAGCUAUUUGAUGGCAUUCAAAUCAGCUUCUCAUGAUGUACUUAAUAAUAGACAAGAAAUGUCAAUUAAGAUGAAUGAGCCACCGGAUAUCAUUUUGACUAACCUUUACGAUCGAUUUACUGAGACGACUUUUGUCAAAUCAGGAGGACGAAAGAAAUAUAAGAUCACUCCAAAAGCUGAAGAAAAACUAUUAUGUUACAUGUUUACUCUUUGUCUAAUUCUUGACGAUUUUCGUCUUGAUCCAGAGCAGUUAACUUGUGAUUUAGGAUUAACUACUAAAAGGGUUCAUAAUUUAUUUAAAGCACUUGGAUGUAAAAUUAUACCUAUAAAUAAAAAAGAAAUAGAGUCUCUAGGACUUAGAAUUUCACAAGCAAAAGGAAUAAAACGCGCUGUAUUGACUGUCCCACUUAAACUUCCAGAAUAUAAAGACAAACGAAAUAGAUAA